AACUCAGAAGUGCCACCUGGAAUUGAACAGCCUCUAAAGCUUCGUUUUUUCAACUCCUUGAUGAUUACAAGCAUGGUCAUGGGAAAGAUUUUGGAGAAGCUGGGGAUCUGCAAUGAUUUUGCUGUCCUGCGAGCAGCGGUCGAUGGGAUACCACCAUGGAGAGAUUCCAAACUGCUUAUCAAAGAUCUCACAGUGGAUGAGGUACCCUUGAGGAUUUAUCAGCCCAGAAGCCCACCCACCAGCAAAAGAAGAGGAAUUCUGUAUUUUCAUGGAGGCGCUGGCACAUUUGGGAGCAUUAGAGCCUUUGAAAGAGUAUGCCGCUAUAUGGCCAAAAAAUGCAACUCAGUGGUUGUGUCGGUUGGGUACCGCCUGUCUCCUGAACACCCCUACCCAGGGCAAUAUUUUGACUGUCUCAGUGCCACCUUAUACUUCAUGAGGAAUUUAGAAGAGUAUCACGUGGAUCCUGGUCUCAUCAUCAUUAGUGGUGACAGCUGUGGAGCUAAUUUUGCUACAGUUAUUUGCCAAAUACUGCUGAAUGAUAGAGAUCUGCCAAAAGUAAGGGCUCAGGUCCUGCUUUACCCAGGACUCCAGGGGCUGGACUUCCAGCUGCCCUCCUACCAGCAGAACGCCUUUGUGCCCAUACUGCCCCGGAAGUUGGUCAUCUACUUCUGCUUUCGUUACCUUAACAGAAAACCCACAGUUUUGAAUGAUAUUAUACAAAACUGCCAUGUUCCUGAGAGUAUGAGACAGAAGUAUAAAAAAUGGGUAAGUGCUGACCUUAUUCCUGAUGAAUUUAAGGUUAGAGGCUACAAACCACCAAAACCAGUAUCAUAUAAACCUGAAGUCCAUGAAGCUGUCAAAGAAAUUUUAGCAGGAACAUUUUCCCCACUUUUAGCUGAAGAUUCCAUUAUUUGCCAGCUCCCUGAGUCCUGCAUUGUGACCUGUGAGUUUGAUGUGUUGAGGGAUGAUGGUCUGUUGUACAAGAAGAGACUAGAGGACAAUGGUGUUCCAGUGACCUGGCAUCAUUGCAAGCACGGCUUCCAUGGAAUUUUAGCCUUUUUUGGCUACGGGAUUUUUUCCUUUUUAUCUGCAAAAGAGAUAAUGGACAGUGUUGUGAAUUAUAUAAACAGUUUAUAG